UCAUCGUCUUUUUGCCCUUCCGUACGCCGCUUGCAUCCCGUUGUGUAGAAAUUAGGUCUUAUAAUCAAUUCUUCCUCCAACUACGGCGGCGGCCACUGCGGCGGCGGCGGGGCCCAUAGAUCCGAAGCAACCGCCGCGGUUUUACGCGGGUUUAUCUUGAAUCUGGGGAGAUUUGGGAGAGGAUGGCUAAUCUUGCCAACAUGUUUGCUGUCCUUGACCUGGAUGGCGAGGACGAUCGAAAGGAAGUGGAACAACCGACAUCCAGCAAGCCAGAAGCUGCUGCCGCCGCCGCCCCCAGGAAACCCGAUAGUGGCAUGACGAAUAACAAAAUGAUUGUAAAUUACGAUGGGGAUAAACUUGGUUCAUCGUCAAGUGAAUACAAGAUGCCAUUGGUGUGGAUUGACUUGGAAAUGACCGGUUUGGAUAUCAGAAAAGACCGCAUACUGGAGAUUGCUUGUAUUAUAACAGAUGGUAAACUUACCAAACGGAUAGAGAGUCGGGAGACGAGUUCGCUAACGAGGAGCCCGUUGAGUUUGCUUUCGAGGAUCCAGUCAACUCUGACAACUGUGCAGGGUCCUGAUUUGGUUAUAAGACAGAGCAAGGAAUGCUUAGACAACAUGAAUGAAUGGUGUAAAACCCAUCAUGGUGCCAGUGGACUGACAGAACAAGUAUUGCAGAGUGACAUUUCUGAGUGUGAUGCUGAGAAACAGGUGCUAGACUUUGUUAGGAGGUAUAUUGGUUCAGCGACUCCAUUGAUUGCUGGGAAUUCUAUCUAUACAGAUUUACUAUUUUUGAAGGAGUAUAUGCCACAGCUUGCAGGCAUAUUCCCUCAUGUGAUAGUUGAUGUGAGCAGCAUAACGGCUCUGUGCAUCCGCUGGUUCCCCAAGGGUGGUGUAAAAUUUGAACAGAUUUUGAGUGUUCGCAAAUUGCAACGAUGUUUUGGUUUGAUUUAAUCGGUUUGAAGAUAUUCCUGUGGCUGGCAGAGAACUCACGAUUACAUAGGGGCAGACUUAAAGAUCAGCUAGUGAGGUGGGAAACAUACUUGAGUGCUAUUGGACUAUAAGGCUUUCAUCCAAUUCGGGCGUAUUUCCUCCUGAUUAUACUUGUUGGUUAUUCGAUAGUGGUUUGGAAACUGAAAUUGGUUCAAAUUUUUGCUUUAUUUAUAAAGCGGGGCGAAAGCCUUUUUCGGUAAAUUGGUUCAAAUUGACCUUAUGUGUUUCGCCGCAACCGCUGAUUACCUAAGCAGAGCAGACCUAGUAUAUUUUAAUUUCAUUUUGAAAUAUGCAUGGAAUACUUGUGAAAUUCUCCACAUGACAAGGCUUUGUU